UAACUAGUACUAAUCUAUUCAAACUUCAUAACUAGAAACUGUCCAACUAUUUUCUCAUUAGACAUCAACCAGUAAUUUCCUCAGCAAGUUCCCCCCCAUCUCUUCAACCAUCUAUAUGUAUCAAAUACUCGUUGUCCCCAUCUUAUACACGCUAAUCUCACACAUAUAUAAAUAUCACCACCCUAACAAGCUAGGAGGCAUGAAAAUAUAUUUAUAAUUGCUUCUUCUUCUUCUUCAUAUCAUUAAUCAUCAUGGCAAAGUUUGAGAGAAUUUUGCACCACUUUGACAAGGACAAUGAUGGAAAAAUCUCACCAUUUGAGCUUCAAUCUUGCAUGAAGUCAAUAGGAGAGGAGCUAUCUUACGAGGAUGCGAUGGACUUGGUUAUGUCGAUCGACUCGAAUGGAGAUGGCUUGUUAGAGCUUGAAGAGCUGGUUAAGAUGCUGAUGGAGAAUGAGGAAGGGGAGGAUAAGGAGUUGAGGGAGGCUUUUAAGAUGUAUGGAAUGGACGGCGAGGAUUGCAUCACGGCGGAGAGCUUGAUGAGGAUGCUCGCAAGGUUAGGGAAUGUGGUGGAUGUUGAGGAGUGUAGGAGCGUGAUUUGUAGGUUCGAUCUCGAUGGAGACGGGGUAAUUAGUUUUGAUGAGUUUAGGCUUAUGAUGAUGCAUUGAAAAUUUAGCAUUGUUGUAGUUCCUUGGUUCCUUUUUUUUUUUUUGAUAUUGUACAAUUGUGGAUUGGGAUUAUUGUUUCAUUCAUGUAAUUAUUUUAACAUAUUUGAUAUUUUGUAAAAAUUUAGAUCUCUUUUGAUAUAGUUUGGUAUUUCUUUUCA